UGUGCUGCAGUCUUACAACUUUAUUUUGAAAUAGUGACCACAAUAACAGGACUCUUAUACUGAAAAACCACUAACCUCCUGUUUGACAUCCGGGUGAAGUAGCAUUGGUGUGCUAUGUAGUGAACACUAACCCGGUUACUAGAAUGCGGUUAUUUGAAUGUCCGGAUAUUGUUUGAUAUUGUAUACUUAAAAUGGAUAUACUCAAAGCUGAGAUCACCAGAAAGAGGAAACUCCUCGAAGAGAAGCAACUUGUUGACGACUCCAAAAAGUACUUCAAAAGAUCCGAUCUCGCACGGAAGGAGCAGGAAGACUACUUCCGAAGAUGUGGCUAUAAGAUUGACAAAAAGGAGGAGGAUGAAGCAGCCACCUCAGCGAAUCCAGUGCUGGAGCUGGAACUGUCAGAAGAGAAGCUGCCAAUGACACUGUCACGACAGGAGGUAAUCCGGCGACUGAGAGAACGAGGGGAGCCAAUCCGACUUUUCGGCGAGUCCGACUAUGAUGCCUUCCAACGACUGCGGAAGAUUGAGAUUCUGACUCCAGAAGUAAACAAGGGUUUGAGGAAUGACUUGAAGGCUGCCAUGGACAAGAUUGACCAGCAGUACUUGAAUGAAAUUGUCGGCGGGACAGAGCCUGGAGAGGUUGACACACAACAUGACCUCAAAGUGCAUGAAGAGAACACCACCAUAGAAGAACUAGAGGCUCUUGGCAAAACUCUGGGCAGAGGAGAUGAUGAUGGAGACCAGGAUGUCAUCGACAAGUUCCUAAGUUUCCUUCUUGGAGUGUGGGCCAAAGAUCUGAACAGUCGUGAGGACCACGUGAAGCGCAGCGUUCAGGGAAAAUUAGCCAGCGCCACCCACUCUCAGACCGAGUCUUACCUCAAACCUCUCUUCAGGAAGCUUAGGAAGAAGAAUUUACCAGCUGACAUCAAAGAAUCAAUCACUGACAUCAUAAAAUUUAUGCUGGAGAGAGAAUAUGUCAAGGCAAAUGAUGCAUACUUACAGAUGGCUAUUGGAAACGCCCCCUGGCCCAUUGGUGUGACUAUGGUUGGUAUCCACGCCCGUACAGGGAGAGAGAAGAUCUUCUCCAAGCACGUGGCCCAUGUUCUCAAUGAUGAAACGCAGAGAAAAUAUAUUCAGGGGCUAAAGAGGCUGAUGACCAUCUGCCAAAAACACUUUACCACAGAUCCAUCCAAGUGUGUUGAGUACAAUGCUCUUUAAAGUGAACAAAGUCUACUGCAUAUGAAACAUUGUGGACUGCAAACCAACUACAUUAUCUACAGUAAUAAUUGCUGGAGAAAUGACUCUUGGAUUAGAUUUAGAGACGUUUAUCUUCGGAUUCAUCAAGCCCUGAUGCUUAUUAUUGCGCAUAAGCACAUGCUUUUCUCAUGUCUUUUCUAUGUUCAUUCAUAGCCAGCAGAGGUAUUUUCUUUUAAUGACAGAUUAUUUGUCCUUCAGGAAAAAAACAUGUCUAACUCAAACGCUGAAUUGACAUGAUGUGGUCUUGUAGAAGAUUCUGUAGUGUAAGUUUUAUUACACCUGGUAACCACGGCAGAGUCAACUGUGUGCAUGAGAGUGUUUAUUUUGUGCUUAAGAUAAUUUAGUACGAAAUCAACUAAACGUUUCAUAGUAAUAAUUGAACUGUUCUUUUCCUCCAAUAUAUGCGUCUUGCGCAUAUAUAGCUGCAACAGUUUAGUGUGGAAACAGAAUUAAUCCAGUAGUAAACACAAUCACAAAAUUGUGACACAAAAGUGCUACAUUUGGCGGGAAUUUACAAGCAAUUUUAUUUUAAAAUUAAACUUUUUUUUUUCCUACGUAUAUCAUGUCACAUCUUUUUUCCCACUUACAAAAAUAAAUAUGUACUGGAA